CCUCGCUCUAGCUUGCAUGACUCACAAAUCAACUUGUCGCUUCUUUCUUCUUAUUUUUGGGCAAAGAAUUUCUCUUCUAUUCAUUUUGUGAAAAUGUCCGAAACCAAAAUGAAAUUCUGCAAAAGUCAUUUUCUGGUCGAUCCGACCAAAGCAAGUGUUCUUGAUCUCCUUCUUCUUAUUUUUUCCCCAAAUCUGACCAGCAAAAGAUUCAUAGAUUCUCCACCGGAUACGCUCAAAAGCGCCCGGAGAACUUUCGCGAGUCGAUGGAUGAUUGCUUUGGCCAUUUUGGUUCAAAAAAUAUUAAUAUUCAUUAGAAAACCUUUGGAAUUCAUAGGUUAUUUGCUCACCUAUUGGCCCAAUCUUCUUACGGCAAAUGGAGGCUUCUUUAACGUGUUACUUCACCUUUUGACAGGAAAGUUGGUGAAGCCCGACGAAUCGUCGGUGACAUAUGCUUCGUUUAUAGGAUGCACAGAUCGAAGAGUAGAGCUUGACGAGAAGAUAAAUGCUGGUACUAUUGAAUACAAGUCCAUGUUGUCAAUAAUGGCUUGUAAGAUCGCUUAUGAAAACAAAUCUUUCAUCACUUCAGUCGUUAAGAACACUUGGAAGAUGGGCUUCGUGGAUUACUACGACUUUUACAACGGAAAUGCUUUUCUUUACUCAUUUUGGGCCAUUAUGCGUUAUUAG